AUGGAGCUUCAACAUUUCAGUCACAAGCAUCCCUUGACGUACAAGGAAGAGCAGAAGAAAGAAGAUGGUCGACUAGUUUUUUGCAAUGCAUGCGGGGAUCCUGUGCUUGGCCCUAGCUACACUUGCAACAAGUAUCCUCCUGGCUUCACUCUCCAUAAAUCAUGUGCCGAGCUACCCCGUGAGAUCAAACACCCUUUGCACCGCAAACACCCACUUGUUCUCCUCACACCUACAAAAUACACUUGUGCUGCCUGUGACCAACGUUACAAAGCCAGCUUGGCUUAUAAUUGUUCCUUAUGCCACUUCAACCUUGACCUCAAAUGUUCUUCCAAUUGGCAAAACAUUAUUGAAAAUGAUCGUCACGAGCACACAUUCACCAUCUUUCGGAAGCGAAUAAAAUUCAAUUGUGAUGCUUGUGGAUCAUAUGGGAAUGGUAUCCCUUACUUUUGCAGCAUCUGCCAGCUCCUAGUCCACAAGAGGUGCACUCCUUCGUUACCACGCGACAUCAAAAUAACCGGGCACCAACACUCUCUCAUGCUCACAUGGUCCCUUGAAGAAAUUCGCCAAAGCAACCCAUUUUGCAAAGUAUGCUAUACGAGCAUGAAAAAGCAUCGUGCCUUUUAUUCUUGUCAAUGCUGCGGUUACGUUGCCCACACUAAAUGUGCAACACAUGAGAGCUUCCGGGAUGUUACAACCACUGACAUUGUUGAGGAUCAGUCUAAAAAUAUGAUACUUGGAGCAUCCCAGCAGAUCAACAUGGUGGAGUACCAAAGAGAAUUAGCUGAACAUCAAAUCAAACACUUUAGUCAUCAACAUCUCUUAGCCCUGAAUGAUGAGGUUAAAGAUGAAGACGAUAAAUCCCGUACUUGCGAUGGUUGCAUCGGGCCCAUCACUAACGCAUAUUAUAGUUGUACAGAACAUGAACGUUGCCAUUUCUUCCUCCACAAAACAUGUGCUCAAUUACCUACAAAGCGGCUUCACCCGCUUCACCCACUUCCUCUUACACUGCUCCCAUGGGCUCCUUCUACUGACCGUGUGUUCUGGUGUUACUUGUGCAGGAACCUUUGCCAAGGCUUUGCAUACUACUGUAGCAAAUUCGACUUAUACUUUGACCUUGAGUGCAUUUCGCUUUCAGAGUCCCUUACACAUGAGUUUUAUAAAGAUCGCCUCUUUUUCAACAGAAGCUGGGAGAAGCACUACAACCGUUGCUAUGGUUGUAAUACAUAUAUUGAAGAAACUUUUGCUCGCUUCAGUUCUCUGACAAAUAAUGGCUAUCAUAUCUUCAAUUUUUGUAUUCAAUGUGUUAAGGUACCUUUGACUGCUAAGCACAGAUACGACGAUCAUCCUCUCAAACUCACCUCUAAAGGAGAUGGUUAUUGUGAAAUAUGCGAAGGAAAACGAUAUAAACGAGAAUGGUUGUACUCGUGCGAGGAUUGUGACUUUGAUUGCCAUACUUAUUGCAUUCUGGGGAGGUAUCCCCAAGUCAAGUUAGGGAGUACUUUCAAGAUUAGUGCUCACCCACACCUAGUCACCCUCAUCGAUAAGAGAAAGAGCGUCAUUCCUUUUGAUAAGAGAAGUAGCAUUCUUCCUUGUCAAUUGUGCGGUGGACCUUGCGAAGGAUUGGUCUUUGAAUGCUCUGAGUGUCAUGUAAAUAUCCACCGAUCAGAAUUAUAUUGUAGAGGGAGAGAAAAUGAGCUUAACAAAUUGCAGCGUCCCUGCAUAUUCACGGAACUGCAACCUAAUCAAUAUGGUCGACUGGUUUUUUGCGAAAUGUGCGGUGACCCGGUCGUUGGCCCUGGCUAUAAUGGAAACAAAGAUCCUCCCAACCUCACUCUCCAUAAAUCAUGUGCAAAGCUACCCCGUGAGAUUCAACAUCCAAUGCAUCGGAAGCACCCGCUUAUUCUUCGCAAACUUAGAUACUACUCGAUGACUAAGUGUGAUGCAUGUUCCCAACGCUGUAGAGACAACCAUACUUACACUUGUUCCCAAUGUGACUUCAACCUCGACCUCAAAUGUGCUUCCAAUUGGCGGAACAUUGGAAAUUAUGACUGCCAUGACCACCAAUUCACCGUCCUUCGGAAGCGAAUGAAAUUCACUUGCGAUGCAUGUAACAAACAUGGGAAUGGCGUCGCCUAUCUCUGCAGCAUCUGCCAGCUUUUGGUCCAUGAGGAAUGCACUUCGUUACCACGCCAGAUCAAAAUAACUGCGGACCAACACCCUCUCGUGCUCAAGUGGUCCUUUGGGGUGGUUCAGCCCCGGAAUCAAUUCUGCAGAGUCUGCCACAAACCCAUGAAGAAAGAAAGAGCUGUAUAUUCUUGUCAACAUUGCAGCUGCAUUGCUCAUAAUAGAUGUGUAAUGAAGGAGGACGUUCGAGAUGAAAUAAUUGCGCUGGAGAAAGAAAGGCAUGGCCAUACAACUACCAAAAUCGUUGACGAUGAGUCCAAAGCUACGAUGCUUGGUGAGGCCCGGCAGGGCGACGACGGGAUAGAAUUAGCUGCACAAAUCAAACACUUUAGUCAUAAUCAUUUGUUGGUCCUGAGAGAUAAAGUGCAAAAAGAUGAUAGAAUUACUUGUGACGGUUGCAUCGAACCUAUCACAGAUGCCUUUUAUAGCUGUAUAAAACAAGAAGAAGAUGAUUGUCAUUUCUUUCUCCACAAGACAUGUGCUCAAUUACCAACGGAGAGGCUUCACCCAUUUCACCCACACUUGCUCAAACUCCUCCCAAAGGCACCGUCUAUGGAUGGCAUGUUCGAGUGCCAUGCAUGCAGCAGCUUCAGUCACGGCUUCCUCUACAGCUGUGAAAGAUGCCAGUUCUACCUUGACCUCCAAUGCAAUACUCUUUCCAACUCUCUUACACAUCCGGCUCAUAGACACCCCCUCACCUUCAACACAAUGGAUGACAAGGGACAGUCCUACAUAUCGUCAAUCCGAGGCAUAUUAAGGAGGAGCAACCCUUCUUGUCGAGGUUGUGGUAAUUAUAGUCAACCAGCUGUCCGCUUCAGUUGUGUCAACUGCAAUUUUCAUCUGUGUAUCGAAUGCAUUCAACUACCUCUUACUGCAAGUCACAGGUACGACAAUCAUCCUCUCAAGCUCACCCAUCGUCGGGUUAAAUAUGAACUGGGAGAAUGUUAUUGUCAAAUAUGCGAAGGAGAACGAGACUCAACACAUUGGUUUUAUUGCUGCAAAGAUUGUGACUUCGAUUGUCAUCCUCAUUGCGUUGUUGGGAGGUAUCGCCAUGUCAAGUUAGGGAGCACUUACAAGCAUGCUCACCAACACCUUGUCACCCUUGUUGAGAAGAAAAAGAGUGCCAUUCCUUUUGAUAAGAGAGAUAACAUUCUUCCUUGUGAGGCAUGUGGUAAACCUUGUGAAGGAUUGGUGUUUGAGUGUUCUCAGUGUAAUAUCAAUAUCCACCGAAUAGGAUACUGUUAA